AUGGAUACGGCCCAACUGGACGACGAUAUGAGCGCUGGACAGAUGCAAGAGCUGCUCGCGCGAGCCACAGCUCGCCUCCAGCGGAAGGCACAGCUAGUUCCGGAAGCGAAAGACGAAAAGCCGAAGUACAAGUUCCCGAAACUCGACGCAGGCAAGCUGGACGAGCCUUACUUGUUGACAAAAGGCGAUGUGACUUCAGUCGAUGCGAAGAAGUUGCUGGACGAGAAGCAGCGCAAACGGGCGAACGGUGCCCGCAAGGUCGAGGAUCCAGUCGUGGCGAAGAAAGCAGCCCUGCAGAAGCAAAAGGCCACUGCCGGCGCAUCAUGGUUCGAUCUCCCGCGCACCAACCUCACCCCGGAACUGAAGCGCGAUCUACAACUACUCAAAAUGCGUAACGUGCUUGACCCGCACCGCCACUACAGGAAGGAAGGCGGCAAGAUGCAAGCUCCCGAAUACAGCCAGGUCGGCACGAUCAUGGAAGGUCCGACCGAUUUCUUUGGCGGCAGGAUCGAAAACAAGAAGCGGAAGCGUACCUUCGUCGAAGAGGUGCUGGCUGGCGAGCAGGAGACAGGACGUUUCAAGAAGAAGUAUGGUGAGCUGCAGGGCAAGAAAACGAGCGGCAAGACAGCGUUCUACAAAGCACUCAAGGCGCAGAGGAAGGGUGGCGUCAAGAAGGGAGGAUGA